AUGGCAGGAUCUGGAGUUGCCAAGCAGCUGUUCGCCUGCAAUUUCGAAGUGUUCGGGAAAGUACAAGGUGUAUUUUUCCGCAAGUAUACGGAAAAGGCGGCCAAUAAUUUGGGUGUUCGGGGCUGGUGCAUGAAUACCCGAGAUGGAACGGUUAAGGGGCAACUCGAGGCUCCCCUGGCGGAACUAAACGAAAUGAAACAUUGGCUCCAGUCCAAAGGCAGUCCCAGUUCGCAGAUCUCAAAGGCCGAAUUCUCGCCGGCCAAGGAAAUCGAGGCCUAUACGUUUAGUUCCUUUGAAAUAAGACGUUAA